CCCGGAUUCCUGACAUGGUGUAGGGCCGAGAGGGUGGGGAAGGCGGGAGCGGGACGGGACGGGCUUCGCGCUGGGCGCCUGCGGCGGGGCCGCCGUGCCGGGGCUUUGAACUCGGACGGAAGGUGAAGCAGAACUUUUGGAACAAGUGCCCGGCGGCUCGCACCCCCCAGAAACAGAAUGCCAAUUUGGCAAGAAUAAAAUCCACCAAGUGUUUCAAAUGACAGUAGAAAAUCCUACUGACCAGAGUGGAAGGCCUUCCUGAGGACGAUGACUAUGCCUAAGAAAUUGUAUAAAAGAGUUUUAUGGAUCAGUUUGCUCAUAAGCACAUGGAAAAUUUGAAGAGCUGAAGAAAAUAAAAAAUCAGCAUUAAACUUGCUUUUUAAAAUAUCUAGGUUGGAAUUUACCCUUGACAAUAAAAUGAUGAGUGAUGCAAGUGACAUGUUGGCUGCAGCGUUGGAGCAGAUGGAUGGGAUUAUAGCAGGUUCUAAGGCCCUGGAAUAUUCCAGUGGGAUUUUUGAUUGCCAGUCUCCCACAUCCCCAUUCAUGGGAAGCCUGCGAGCUCUGCACCUUGUAGAAGACCUGCAUGGGUUGUUAGGGAUGAUGGACACAGAGGAGAAAGAAGGUUUGAGAUGCCAGAUCCCAGAUUCAACAGCAGAAACACUCAUCGAAUGGCUUCAGAGUCCAAUGACAAAUGGACACCUGCCUGGGAAUGGAGAGGUAUAUCAAGAAAGACUAGCACGUUUAGAAAAUGAUAAAGAAUCUCUUGUUCUUCAGGUAAGUGUGUUAACAGACCAGGUAGAGGCUCAGGGAGAGAAGAUCCGAGAUUUGGAGUUUUGUCUUGAAGAGCACAGGGAGAAGCUGAACGCCACAGAAGAAAUGCUGCAGCAGGAGCUUCUGAGUAGGACAUCCUUAGAAACUCAGAAGUUGGAUCUGAUGGCUGAAAUAUCUAACUUGAAGCUAAAACUGACAGCUGUAGAAAAGGACAGGUUGGAUUAUGAAGAUAGGUUCAGAGACACAGAGGGGUUAAUGCAAGAGAUCAAUGAUCUGAGGUUAAGAGUCAGUGAAAUGGACAAUGAAAGACUUCAGUAUGAAAAAAAGCUGAAAUCAACCAAAGAUGAACUGGCAUCUUUAAAAGAACAACUGGAAGAGAAAGAAUCUGAAGUAAAGAGGCUACAAGAAAAAUUGGUGUGCAAGAUGAAAGGAGAAGGGAUGGAAAUCCUUGAUCGAGCUCCUUUGCUCCACAGGAUACAGCAGAGCACCCAGAGUAGUGAAGAUAUUGAAGUGCAAAAAAUGAAAAAGGCUGUGGAGUCCUUGAUGGCAGCAAAUGAAGAAAAGGAUCGGAAAAUAGAAGAUCUUCGACAGUGCCUGAACAGGUACAAGAAAAUGCAAGAUACAGUGGUGUUGGCCCAAGGUAAAAAAGGCCAAGAUGGCGACUUUGAAGAUCUGCUCACUUCCAAUUCCAUCUCCACUUUGCUGGAUGUGCAGGGUUUUAGUGACUUGGAGAAGAGUCUAUCACCUACACCAGUAAUGGGAUCUCCCAGUCGUGACCCAUUUAACACAAGUGUUCCAGAAGAGUUCCACAGCAGCAUCUUGCAAGUUUCGAUCCCAUCAUUAUUGCCAGCAUCUAAGAGCUUGGAAACUUCUGAAAAAGCAAAAUUGCCUCCUCAACCAGAGACAUCCUUUGAAGAAAAUGAUGGAAAAAUAAUCCUUAGUGCUGCUGUUGAAACCCAGCCUUGUGAGAGUCUUUCAACUUCAAGUCUGCAAAAGUCCAGCAGCCUGGGUAAUCUGAAGAAAAAGUCAUCAGAUGGGGAAAAAGAGUCUGUUCAGAAGCCUUCAGAGGAUAAAGGUCCAGUAGAAAGCAGCCCAUUUGGGAGCCUCCCUCCGAAAGCUCCAGGACACGAUGCCUCGGUGGAUGACAACCCUUUUGGCACUCGGAAAGCCAGAUCUUCCUUUGGACGUGGCUUUUUUAAAAUAAAAAAUAACAAGAGGACAGCAAGUGCACCAAACUUGGAUCGUAAACGAAGUGCCAGUGCACCCACCUUAGCUGAAACAGAGAAGGAGACGGCUGAGCACCUAGAUCUGGCUGGUAUAUCUUCCCGGCCAAAAGAUUCGCACGGAAGCAGUCCUUUCCAGAUAUCUCCACCAUCACCAGAUUCCAAAAAGAAAUCAAGAGGUAUCAUGAAACUCUUUGGAAAACUUAGGAGAAGUCAAUCAACUACGUUCAACCCAGAUGACAUGUCUGAGCCUGAAUUCAAAAGAGGAGGAAUGAGGGCAACUGCAGGGCCACGACUGGGUUGGUCUCGAGAUUUAGGACAAUCUAACAGUGACUUGGAUAUGCCAUUUGCCAAAUGGACCAAGGAGCAGGUUUGUGAUUGGCUUGUGGAACAGGGCUUGGGAUCCUACCUGAAUUCUGGCAAGCACUGGAUUGCAUCUGGCCAAACACUUCUGCAGGCUUCUCAGCAAGAUCUAGAGAAGGAACUUGGAAUUAAGCAUUCACUUCAUCGAAAGAAACUCCAGCUGGCACUGCAAGCCCUGGGAUCUGAAGAAGAAACCAACCAUGGAAAGCUGGAUUUCAACUGGGUCACUAGAUGGUUGGAUGAUAUUGGUCUCCCUCAGUACAAGACCCAGUUUGACGAAGGACGAGUAGAUGGUCGAAUGCUCCAUUAUAUGACUAUUGAUGACUUACUGUCUUUGAAGGUCGUGAGCGUGCUCCACCAUCUCAGUAUCAAAAGAGCUAUCCAGGUCCUAAGGAUCAAUAACUUUGAACCGAACUGUCUGCGGAGGCGGCCGUCUGACGAGAAGAACAUCACGCCAUCUGAAGUUCAGCAGUGGACCAACCACCGGGUGAUGGAGUGGCUGCGCUCCGUGGACUUAGCAGAAUAUGCCCCCAAUCUCAGAGGCAGCGGCGUCCACGGUGGGCUCAUGGUUCUAGAACCUCGUUUUAAUGUGGAAACAAUGGCUCAGUUAUUGAACAUCCCACCAAGUAAGACCCUCUUGCGAAGACAUUUGGCCACUCAUUUCAACCUUCUGAUUGGUGCUGAGGCUCAGCACCAAAAACGUGAUGCCAUGGAGUUACCAGAUUAUGUACUUCUAACAGCCACUGCCAAAGUGAAGCCAAAGAAACUUACCUUUAGCAAUUUUGGGAAUCUGAGAAAGAAGAAACAGGAAGAUGGGGAAGAAUAUGUUUGUCCAAUGGAAUUGGGACAGGCAUCAGGAAGUACAUCUAAGAAAGGAUUUAAACCUGGUUUGGACAUGCGCCUGUAUGAUGAAGAUGAUUUGGACCGGUUAGAGCAGAUGGAAGAUUCAGAAGGGACAGUGAGACAGAUAGGAGCAUUCUCUGAAGGCAUCAACAAUCUCACACACAUGCUGAAGGAGGACGACAUGUUUAGAGAUUUCGCUGCCCGUUCCCCCAGUGCCAGCAUUACAGAUGAAGACUCCAAUGUUUAACCACAGCACUUGGAUGAACAUUAGGAGCCUCCCUCACCUAUUCUCCAUUUGAUUUCUCAAACACUCACAGAAUAUAUAACAAGCUGCAGAUUGUAUAUUGUUUAUCCCACCUUCUCAGAAGUGGAAAUGGAAAGCAGGGAGUGUGUGCCUAUUCUGAAGAUGCCAUGAAAAAUGAGACACUGGUGAAUAAGAGUAUAAUUGUCUUUCCUCUAUUUAAUGUAAAAAUCUGUGAUAUAUUAUAUUUAAAGUGUUGCAUUUAAUAUGACUGUUUUACCAUAGUGUUUCCAUUCACAUUCACAAUAUGCAGGAUUUGGGAAGCAGGAAGCAGUGCAUGAAUGAUUUUGUCAUGUUCGUGUGACAGCACUGCAGCCAUCAAAAUGAGAUAUUACAUGCUUUCAAAAUCAGUAUGUGGAAUUUCUUCAAGCAUUCAGUGUGCCCACUAAAUGCCAGCCACAUCUCCACUUGCCUCUUAUUGUCCUAUUUUAUAUAUUUUUCUAAAUAUGUGUAUAUAUUUAGUACAUAGAAUUUAGAACUUUUAUUUUGUGACGUAAGGAAGACAGUGAAAAGCAAAAAGAGUGCUCAAAAUUGCCAUACACUAACUGGUUUUCCGAAAAGUCGGGAUGAUCGUCCUUCUCCAUAAUUGAAUUUUAAUGAUGUUAAAAAUGAUAUUAAUAUCAAUCAUCCCAACUGAAAUACUCCUUCUUUGAUGACACAUCACAAAACCAUUGAAGAGUUAAAAGGUUUUAACCUUCACCUUGGAUCCUUUCACCUCAAAAGGAAGAACUCCAGGGACGCUUAAAAUACUAUUAACUCGAAUGGAUUCAGAAGUUCCCGCCAGAUUUGUAGAAAUGAUUCCUGAAGAAACAAAAACAAAAAACUUUACAGUAUUAAGCUGCUUAUUUUCCUUUUUGCUAAAUAUAUCAUUACAUCAAAAUACUAACAAUAUACCUAAUGUUAUUAAUUCUACAUGUCUCAGGCUAUCAGUGAAUGGGAUUCUUUUUUUAAGAAGCUGGAUAUUUGAACAGUUUGUCUCAGAGUUCAGUAACGCUGAGGCUGCAAAAUGAGUUUCAUAAUGGCUAUAUUGUGAUGAGAACAUGUAGUUCAUGUUUUUCUAUAGCACAGGGCCCAAAUAGCAUUUAUAAAGGAAAUAGCUGUGGCAAAAACUUACUGUGUUUAUCAUUUUUUUUAGGGGUAUUAGAAAAAAAUACCCUAUUUUUUAUUCACUGCAUCACUUCUCCUGGUAGCCAACUUCGUAAAGACAGGUUUUCCAAAACUGGCAUGGGGUGGGCAGUUUGAUAUAUGCCAGUGGACUUGCUUAUAAGUCAUAUUUGAAUGUCACUGGUAUGAUCUUACAAGCUAUUAACAGGUUACCAAGCUUUUCAACAAAGGGCCUGUAAUACUAAAUUACAGUUUAUUUGUAACUAAAAUGAUUUGAUGCUAAUAAUCUUUUGCUCCCUUCCAUUCAUCGUUUGGUGACUGUAUUGGACUCUUAAAUAUUAGUGUUUUGUUUUAAUGUGAACAUAUGUCACUAUUUGAAAAAGUUUCUUAUUCAAAUCUGGUUAAAAAAUACCAGGAGACUAUUAUAGAUGCCAAAUAUUCUUUAUUCAGGGCAGUGUAACAUAACUGAUGGUAUGUGAUAAAGUUAAAAUUUUUUUGAUAUAUAUUUUAUUUACAAAACAUUGUACACUGCUGGUAUUACUGUAUGAAAAGAAAUAAAGUCAAUUGAUAAUUGU